GCAGGGCUCUAACAAGUCACACCUACUGUAUUUUGUAAGCAAGCAAGCUGCAAGAGAGACAGAGCUAGAGAUCAUGUCUGGCUACACGCUACUAGGAGUCACUCCAAGAUUAGAGGCGCUCGUCAGAGAGGCACUGACAAGUAGUGAGGAGAGUCUCAGAGCAGAGCUGUCCCUCUGGUCCCAGUCUGACAGGGAAACCAUAUCAUUCGAGUUGGUCCAGAGAGCUCACAAGCAGAGUGGCUGUAGGGAGUAUUUGCAUGAAGUGUUGAUGGGCAGUGUUGUGUGUCUACCAGAGUACCACCCACCAGCAAGAAGUCGAAAGCUGGAGGACAGACUGAAGAUACUGCAAGCACAAGCACAAGAAAAAGAGUAUCGACAGAUGGUCAAGAAUGUCGAUACCCAGGGCUCUCGUAAUGAUGUGUUAGCAUUUGGAUUGGAAAUGUCCAGCCUCAACAGACAGUUGUGGACUGUCAUCAACUUUGUCUUAACUGUCGUCUGUUCUUUUGUGUUUGGCUACUUUGCUGCCUACUUUGCAGACAUGAGCACAACAACAUGUGUGUUUGUGGGUCUACUCAUUGGAGGAGUUGUCUUCUUGGCUGACCUCUACUUCCUACUAAGAAGUCCUGGAGUCAGUGAACCAUAUCAACACCAGAAUAGAAAUAAGUAACAUCCAACAUUAUUCACUCGAAUUAUGUGAAGAUAUUAAUUACCCUAUAGCUCGAAAUUUUCUAGGGUGGUUAGCCUAUAAUGUGCAAAGAUUAAAGGUGUGGCUUCCUGUAAGCAGCUUUUUGGAGGGCAUUCAAAGAAAAGUUUGCGCUAUUAUGUUACGUGAAAGUACUUUUAGUCUUGAAAAAUGUUUUUUUGUCACAAUAAUUGUUUGUACACCAAGUGCACACACAUAAUAAAGUACAGUUAUUCUGCCAA